AUGGAUUUGGCUCAGAUCUUCGAAAACAGUCCAGGCGAGGUGAUUAAGUGCAUCGACACACACACCACUGGCGAACCAACACGAAUCAUCUAUUCGGGCUUCCCCCGGCUUCAAGGAACACUUCUGGAACAGCGCGACCAAGCCAAAACACACUAUGACAACAUUCGCAAACGCAUCAUGCUUGAGCCUCGCGGCCACUAUGAUAUGUACGGCGCGAUCAUCAUUCCCGAUACAGAGCUCGUCCAAAGUGGGGAGGCACACAUCGGCACACUCUUCACACACAAUGGCGGAUUCUCCACCAUGUGCGGACAUGCCACGAUCGCACUGGGUCGUUUCUUAGUGGAUACCCAUGACUUAACUGUGUUCCCGAAGCGGAAUACGCUGAAGGUCAACACCGCGACCAACGAGGUUGCGGUUAACAUCCAUGCGCCGUGUGGCUUAGUCCGUGUUACCGUACCCACUACGGCCGAUGGACAGAAAUCGGAUCCAUCGCGCCCGGUCAGUUUCCUUUCUACGCCAGCGUAUGCUGCUGCGAUUGAUCUUACGAUUCCCAUUCCUAAGGAUGUUGCGUGGCCGGAGCUGGGCAGCCGGGAAUCUAUCAAGCUUGAUAUCUCAUACGGCGGUACUUUCUACGCGCUGGUUGAUGCCCGGGAACUGGGUUUCACGGAGGGGCUGAGUAAGAUUGAUCUUGCAUCUGUUGCGAGUGCUGUGAAGAAGCUUAAGGCUCAUCUCAUAACUCACCCCGACGUCGUUACUGCGCUGCGUCAUCCCGAGGACGAGAGAUUAUCUUUCCUUUACUCCAUCAUGCUCGUGGAUCGUGACAUCGGUUCUAGACCGGAUGGUGUCGAUGGAGCGGAGACUGGGCUUUGUUUCUUCGCCGAGAACCAGAUUGAUCGAUCGCCCACGGGUUCUUGUGUGACCGCUCGUAUGGCACUGGCAAAUGCGAAAAAUGCGAGAACACGUGGACAGAAGUGGGCCUACAACUCUCUGGUAUCGAAUCGCUUUGAUACAGGUGCUUUCAUUGCGUCUAUCGUGGAUGACGACAUCUUGCUGGAGGGUGAUCACGGCGUCUCCAGACAGUGUGUCGUAGUUCAGGUCGAGGGCAAGGCCUAUUAUACCGGGGCAAUGACAUUCAUCAUUGAAGAGGGGGAUGUGACCACUGAGAGCGGGUUCACGAUGGACGAUUGCGCCCAGAAUGGCCCAUUAACAAAUUGA